AUGGCAGUGGCCACAGAGGCUGCUGUUCGGUGCAAUCUGUAUGGGGAAUAUAUCCUCACUCCCCUGCCGGACUGCUUAUUCCUGAAGGACGUUAAAACUAAGAAAGUGCUAUUCAAAUGGCCGUACUGUUACAUAAGGAAGUUUGGACAAGACAUGCUGUCUUUUUCCUUUGAAGCUGGUCGCAGAUGUGAGUCCGGCGAGGGGAAUUUCGAGUUUGCAACCCAUCAGGGUGAAAGACUGUUCAAUGUUGUCAGUGCAGCCAUCCAGAAUAUACCCAGACCCUCCACAGCGAAGCCAAUCAGCCCUGACUAUGUAGAACAAAGUAUAGUUCAAGAAACCACGGGCAUGGAUGAAACGUACGAUUACACCAUAGGUAGUCAAGCAUCUGACUUUUUACCUGAGGGGAAAAUGCAGGAAGUGCCUAAUCAUUCAUCAAAAAUGCUCAACCCCUUUUGGAGGAGCUUUUCUUUGAAUGCAGUUGAGCCACAAAGUGAAAGUCAAGUGACGAGCAUCGACACAGACCUUGAGGAUCAGGAACCCGUCUAUGCCACUGUGUCAAAAGCUCAGCUGAAAGCCGCUUCCCCUACAGACCCUAAAAUGCACUGGCAAAACCUGAGAAAAGCUAUCCAGCAGUCUGCGUCUUUCCAAGACUCUUUCAAGACCGACGCUGACAUUUCGCAGUUGUCUGAUUUCGCGAUCCCCCGGGAAGAGGGUGACUUGUUGGGUGAUUCCAUCCAGCAAUUAGCAAUUAAUGACGCAUUACAGGACACCAGUGCAGAAGCAAUUUAUGCAGAUCCACAGGACUUCCAAGCCAGAGCUGAGUGGAUUGUCAGUGCUACGUACGAAGAACCGGAGGAGGUCAUUAAGGCUAUUCAAAGAUCUCAUGAUGGGGCAGAGCACCUAGCUGAGCAUGACUCCUUCUACAGCCCUGACAUGGGCACUACACAGGCCAUGGCUGCCCCCUCCAACCCAGUCCAAAGUUCAGAUGGUUUGUUCUCAACUUCUGACAAUUUCAGGUUGAAGGGAUGGCAAAUGUAAUAUAGCAUGUUCAUUCCACAAUCAAAAUCAAG